AUGAGAGCUCGAACGGUUUCGGCCUCUGGCCUUGUACUCUCAUCUCGAAUAACACCUUCCACCUCGAUAUGCUGGCAAUGCCUCCGCGAUGACCUGCUUUCCAAACAAUUUCAGACACCCGUUCGAAAGUAUCACCCAAGCCGGCGGAAAGAUGCCUCUCCCUUCGGCGCUGCGGUUUCUGCAGCACAGACAAUCUUCAAAGGUCUACCAAAGGCUCCUCCGGGGAUCUCGGUAGAUCCAUUGAGGAUUGUAGGAAAAGAGCUCAAGUUCCUAACGAAAAAUAUCCGUCAAUUGCUCGGCUCGGGACAUCCGACACUCGAUAAAGUGGCCAAAUAUUAUACCCGGAGCGAGGGUAAACACAUGCGUCCCCUUCUGGUGCUGCUCAUGUCUCAGGCGACUGCCUUGACUCCGGGAAAGAGUCGUCCAAACGAUGUAGCCCCAAUUUCGGUCAAUGAUCCCAUUUCAUCACCCUCUAUACUCGCCGACACGAACCCGGAUACAAACACUCUUGUUUCCGAGUCAGCCGAGGCCCAAUAUGAUUUUGCGGGCGACGAAAACAUCCUGCCAUCCCAGCGACGACUCGCUGAGAUUACCGAAUUAAUCCACACUGCAUCGCUUCUCCACGACGACGUGAUAGAUAAUGCCGUCACCCGCCGGUCGUCGAACUCUGCGAACCUCCAAUUUGGAAACAAAAUGGCUGUUCUGGCCGGCGAUUUCUUGCUAGGCCGAGCCUCCGUUGCUCUGGCGCGCUUGAGGGACCCCGAAGUCACUGAGCUCCUCGCCACUGUGAUUGCCAACCUGGUUGAGGGCGAGUUCAUGCAGUUGAAGAACACUGUAGCGGACGAGAAAAAUCCCGUUUUCACCGACGAAACCAUCUCGUACUACUUGCAGAAGACCUACCUGAAGACCGCUAGUCUGAUCAGCAAAUCGUGCCGCGCAGCUGCAUUGCUUGGCGGUAGUACGCCCGAGGUAGUUGAAGCUGCUUAUUCCUAUGGACGCAAUCUUGGCCUGGCAUUUCAGCUGGUGGACGAUCUGCUGGAUUAUACGGUGAGCGGGGUCGAGUUGGGCAAGCCUGCUGGCGCAGAUCUGGAACUGGGACUUGCGACUGCUCCGCUGCUCUUCGCUUGGAAGCAAAACCCUGAACUAGGUCCCCUAGUGGGCCGCAAGUUUAGCCACGAAGGAGACGUACAAAGAGCCCGUGAGAUUGUGUAUAAGAGCGAUGGUGUUGAACAGACGCGCGCUUUGGCCCAGGAAUACGCCGAUAAGGCCGUUGCUGCCAUUAGCGAUUUCCCUGACAGUGAAGCGAAGAGAGGUCUGAUUCAGAUGUGCGAGAAGACCAUGAAUCGGAGGAAGUGA